AACCUUUCUCUCUUCAUCUUUUGGCUUUUGUUUUCUUUCCUCUUCACUCUUCUUUCUCUCUCUUCAUUCUCUCUCUCUCUCUCUCUCUCUCUCCUCUCCUCUUGUCCCAUUCUCCCUCAUCCCUUCUCCAAACCUUUCUCUUCUUCUUUUGGUUGUUUUGCUUUUCUUUCCUUCUCUCUCUCUCUCUCUCUCUCUCUCUCGCCUCUCCCUCUUGUCCCAUUCUUUCAUCAUCUCUUCAAACCUUUCUCUUCUUCUUUUGGUUUUUUUUUUCUUUCUUUCAUUCUCUUCUCUCUCUUCUCUCUCUCUCUCUCUCUCUUCCUCUCCUGUCCCAUUCUUUUCAUCUCUUCUCAAACCUUUCUCUUCUUCUUUUUUCUUUGUUUUGCUUUUCUUUUCCUUCAUUCUCUCUCUCUCUCUCUCUCUCUCUCUCUCGCCUCUCCCUCUUGUCCCAUUCUCCCUCAUCCCUUCUCCAAACCUUUCUCUUCUUCUUUUGGUUGUUUUGCUUUCUUUCCUCUUCAUUCUCUCUCUCUCUCUCUCUCUCUCUCUCUCGCCUCUCCCUCUUGUCCCAUUCUUUCUCAUCUCUUCUUCAAACCUUUCUCUUCUUCUUUUGGUUGUUUUGCUUUCUUUCCUCUUCAUUCUCUCUCUCUCUCUCUCUCUCUCUCUCUCCUCUCCCUCUUGUCCCAUUCUCCCUCAUCUCUUCUUCAAACCUUUCUCUUCUUCUUUUGGCUGUUUUGCUUUCUUUCCUCUUCAUUUUCUCUCUCUCUCUCUCUCUCUCUCUCUCUCCUCCCCUCUUGUCCCAUUCUUUCUUUCAUCUCUUCUUCAAACCUUCUCUUCUUCUUUUGGUUUCUUUCCCUUCUCAAGCCUUUCUUUCCUUUUUUUUCUCUCUCUCUCUCUCUCUCUCUCUCUCUCCUCUCCCCUCUUGUCCCAUUCUCCCUCAUCUCUUCUCCAAACCUUUCUCUUCUUUUUUUUGGUUGUUUUGCUUUCUUUCCUCUUCAUUCUCUCUCUCUCUCUCUCUCUCUCUCUCUCUCUCUCUCUCUCCUCUUGUCCCAUUCUUCUCAUCUCUUCUUCAAACCUUUCUCUUCUUCUUUUGGUUUCUUUCUUUUCCUCUUCUUCUCUCUCUUCUCUCUCUCUCUCUCUCUCUCUUGUCCCAUCUCUUCAUCUUCUCCUUUGUCCUUCUUUUGGUUGUUUUGCCCUCUUCAUUCUCUCUCUCUCUCUCUCUCUUUCCUCUCCCUCUCCCAUUCUUUUCAAACCUUUUUUCUUUUGGCUUUUGUUUUCUUUCCUCUUCAUUUUCUCUCUCUCUCUCUCUCUCUCUCUCUCCCUCUUGUCCCAUUCUCCUCAUCCUUCUCCAAACCUUUCUUCUUCUUCUUUUGGUUGUUUUGCUUUCUUUCCUCUUCAUUCUCUCUCUCUCUCUCUCUCUCUCUCCCUCUUGUCCCAUUCUUUUCUCAUCUCUUCUUCAAACCUUUCUCUUCUUCUUUGGUUUGGUUGUUUUUUCCUUUUUCUCCUCUUCUCUCUCUCUCUCUCUCUCUCUCUCUCUUGUCUCUCUCUCUUCGCCUCUCCCUCUUUCUUGUCCCAUUCUUUUCUCAUCUCUUCUUCAACCUUUCUCUUCUUCUUUUUCUUGUUUUUGUUUUUUCUUUCCUCUUCAUUUCUCUCUCUCUCUCUCUCUCUCUCAUUUCUCUCCCUCUUGUCUCAUUCUCCCCUCAUCUCUUCUCCAAACCUUUCUCUUCUUCUUUUGGUUGUUUUGCUUUCUUUCCUCUUCAUUCUCUCUCUCUCUCUCUCUCUCUCUCUCUCUCGCCUCUCCCUCUUGUCCCAUUCUUUCUCAUCUCUUCUUCAAACCUUUCUCUUCUUCUUUUGGUUGUUUUGCUUUCUUUCCUCUUCAUUCUCUCUCUCUCUCUCUCUCUCUCUCUCUCUCUCUCUCUCCCUCUUGUCCGAUUCUCCCUCAUCCCUUCUUCCAAACCUUUCUCUUCUUCUUUUGGUUGUUUUUUGCUUUCUUUCCUUCAUUCUCUCUCUCUCUCUCUCUCGCCUCUCCCUCUUGUCCCAUUCUUUCUCAUCUCUUCUCAAACCUUUCUUGUCCCAUUCUUCUCUCUCUCUCUCUCUCUCUCGCCUCUCCCUCUUGUCCGAUUCUCCCUCAUCUUUCUCCAAACCUUUCUCUUCUUCUUUUUUUGUUGUUUUGCUUUCUUUCCUCUUCAUUCUCUCUCUCUCUCUCUCUCUCUCUCUCUCUCUCUCUCUCCUCUUGUCCGAUUCUCCCUCAUCUCUUCUCCAAACCUUUCUCUUCUUCUUUUGGUUGUUUUUGCUUUCUUUUCUUCUUUUGAUUCUUCUCUCCUCUCUCUCUCUCUCUCUCUCUCGCCUCUCCUCUUGUCCCAUUCUUUCAUCUCUUCUUCAAACCUUUUCUAUUCUUCUUUUGGUUGUUUUGCUUUCUUUCCUCUUCAUUCUCUUCUCUCUCUCUCUCUCUCUCUCUCUCUCCUCUCCUCUUGUCCCAUUCUCCCUCAUCUCUUCUUCAAACCUUUCUCUUCUUUUUGGCUGUUUGCUUUCUUUUCCUCUUCAUUUCUCUCUCUCUCUAUCUCUCGCCUCUCCUCUUUGUCCCAUUCUCCUUCAUCCCUUCUUCAAACCUUUCUUUCUUCUUUUUCGUUGUUUUGCUUUCUUUCCUCUUUCUCUCUCUCUCUCUCUCUCUCCUCUCUCUCUGUCCCAUUUGUCCCCAUUUUCAUCUCUUCUUCAAACCUUUCUCUUCUUCUUUUUUUGGUUGUUUUGCUUUUCCUUCCUCUUCUCUCUCUCUCUCUCUCUCUCUCUCUCUCUCGCCUCUCCCUCUUGUCCGAUUCUCCCUCAUCUCUUCUUCAAACCUUUCUCUUCUUCUUUUGGCUGUUCUGCUUUCUUUUUUGGCUCUUUCAUUUUCUCUCUCUCUCUCUCUCUCUCUCUCUCCCUCUUGUCCCAUUCUCCCCAUCCUUUCUCCAAACCUUUCUCUUCUUUUUGGUUGUUUUGCUUUCUUUUCUUCCUCUCUCUCUCUCUCUCUCUCUCUCUCUCUCUCUCCUCUCCCUCUUGUCCCAUUCUUUCUCAUCUCUUCUUCAAACCUUUCUUCUUCUUUUGGUUGUUUUUGCUUUCUUUCCUCUUCUUCUCUCUCUCUCUCUCUCUCUCGCCUCUCCCUUUGUCCGAUUCUCCUCAUCUUUCUCCAAACCUUUCUCUUCUUUUGGCUGUUUUGCUUUCUUUCCUCUUCAUUCUCUCUCUCUCUCUCUCUCUCUCGCCUCUCCCUCUUGUCCGAUUCUCCCUCAUCUCUUCUCCAAACCUUUCUCUUCUUCUUUUGGCUGUUUUGCUUUCUUUCCUCUUCAUUAUCUCUCUCGCUCUCCACCCCCCUCUCUUAUUUUCAUUCUUUUAA